AUGGAAGUCCAUCCAUUGUCACUGAGUGGCAAUGCUUGUGCCAUGUUACUGGCGAUGGGAGUCCCUGCCCUUGUGCUUCAGGCUUGCCACUAUGUGGCGACAAUCGCGCACACGAAGGAGAAUCCUUGCAUCAGAGAUGUGACUGUUCUCGAAUGCUUCAGUGGCUGUGCUCGCAUCAGUGAAGAGUUCCGUUCCCAACUCAGCAUAUGUGUGACUACCUAUGACAAACAGAAUGACUCGACGUUUCAAGACUUGACAACGGUAGCUGGCUUUCUGAGCCUCCUCAAAAAGGCACUCAGAUUGAAGGAAGGAGCACUUCUUUGGUUUGCCAAUCCUUGCCACAUGUUUGUGUGGAUGUCUUCGAGCAUCCACAAGCGGCGACCAGAAAAUCCUUGGGGAGAUGCAAGCCAGCCCAGUGUUUGCAUGAGCAACUGCAUCACGUCCAGAGCCUGCCUCGUGCUGUUUAUCAUCACUUGCCGUGGGGUCUGGUCUGCAAUUGAACAGCCGGCUUCGAGUACUCUCAAGUGGGUGCCGUAUUUCUUGCAUCUUCGGAAACUCUUGAUGGAGUGCAAUGGUGAGUUGUGGAAGCAGUGCAGCUUCUGGAUGGGACUAUAUGGACAUGACAAUGCCAAGCCCAGCUACUGCAUCGGCUCAUCGCGGUGGAUCAUGAAGCUGAAGAACCAGAUGACCCGCAACAAACGACGUGAUUUCUCGGCUGCAGCCAAGAAGGUUGUGGUCAGGAAGAAACGUGCUGACGGGACAACCACUGUAACUGGCACCAAGAAGCUUACGAAGACGCAAGAGUACCCUCGAGCAUUCGCCAAAGCGGUCGCGACCCUUCACCUGGAAGACACCGAAAACGUAUCACAUCCACCUGGAUUGACCCUUCAAGGCAUCCUCAAUGCUCGCUUGGACUGCCCUGGCGAUUGGAGCGAGGCCAAGCUCACCGAGUUGCGAGAAUUCCUGGUGGCUGAAGCCAAUUCGGGUGCCUGGGAGCCGCUGCAGGGGAUGCCCUUUUAG